AUUCGAUCGAUUCCGAUUGAUUCCGAUUGAUUGAUCGAUCGAUCGGUUGAUUGAUUGAUUGAUUGAUUGAUUGGCUUCACGCCCUUUCCAGGAACAAAGAUGCCGGACGCGGUCGUGGAGCGAGUGGUGGUUCACCCUCUGGUGCUGCUCAGCGUAGUGGAUCAUUUUAACAGAAUAGGAAAAGUUGGAAACCAAAAGCGAGUGGUUGGAGUCUUACUGGGUUCUUGGCACAAGAAGAUUCUUGAUGUUUCCAAUAGUUUUGCAGUACCAUUUGACGAAGACGAAAAAGAUGAUUCAGUGUGGUUCCUUGACCAUGAUUACUUGGAGAACAUGUAUGGGAUGUUUAAGAAAGUGAACGCCAGGGAAAGGAUUGUUGGAUGGUACCACACUGGACCUAAGUUACACAAAAAUGACAUUGCCAUCAAUGAACUCAUGAAACGGUACUGCCCUAAUUCGGUUUUAGUCAUCAUAGAUGUCAAGCCAAAAGAUUUGGGAUUGCCUACAGAAGCUUACAUUUCAGUGGAAGAAGUUCACGAUGAUGGAACUCCAACCUCCAAAACAUUUGAACAUGUGACCAGUGAAAUCGGAGCAGAGGAGGCAGAAGAAGUUGGUGUGGAGCACUUGCUACGAGAUAUUAAGGACACUACAGUGGGCACUCUGUCUCAGCGCAUCACAAACCAAGUGCAUGGCCUGAAAGGACUAAACUCAAAAAUAUUAGAAAUAAGAAAUUACUUAGAGAAAGUGGCCACUGGCAAAUUGCCCAUUAACCAUCAGAUUAUCUACCAGCUUCAGGAUGUCUUCAAUCUGUUGCCUGAUGUUAACCUGCAAGAGUUUGUAAAAGCCUUUUACCUGAAGACAAAUGAUCAGAUGUUGGUAGUGUACCUUGCGUCUCUCAUUCGAUCAGUCGUCGCUUUACACAACCUGAUCAACAAUAAAAUUGCCAACCGAGAUGCAGAAAAGAAGGAAGGGCAGGAAAAAGAGGAUGGAAAGAAAGAGAAGAAAGACGACAAAGAGAAGGAAAAGGGUGAUUCAAAGAAGGAAGAGAAAAAAGAGAAAAAAUAGAGCGUGUAGGUUUUUUUUAAAUUAGAACUCCCAUUUGUAAACUUGACCUGAAUGCUCGGCAAGUGUCAGGUGGAAAUGUUAAUACUCAGCAUUCUGCAAUAAAAGGGCCAAAAUAUCCAGCCAUUGAUGUUUGCAUGGGGCAGUUUUCUGCAUCUGUACAAUGUUCAGAAUCUUUCAACAUUAUAAAUAUUGAUUUAUUAAUACUUCUGGAUUUGUUCUCAUUUUUCUGCUUCUGCAGAAAGUGUGAAACCCCCUUUAAUAGUUCUAUACAAUUCCAUAUCUGAACAGAGAAUAUCAAUGAACCAAACCAUUUCUUUUUCUGAUAGAAUUUUAAAUUUGGACCUUGACACUUAAAUGCAAUCAGUUAUGUUUCCCGAUUGUAGAUGGGUGGGGGAAGGGGAUUAUAGACAAAUUCAAACCAAAGUACUUUUAACUAUUGUCAAAACAGGUAAACCUUUCUGGAAAUAUAAACCACUGUCCUU